AAAAAAAAAAAAAAAAAAGAAGAAGAAGAAACGAUCGAAUCGAGAGAUAAAAGAAAGAAAGAUGGCUAGUACCUGUUUGAAUAUUGGUGUAAUUAUGUUGCUGUUAUUGUUGCCAUCAACUGUCAAUGCCCAAUACAAUGUCAUUGACGUGACAAAAUAUGGAGCAAAGUCUAAUGGGGAUCUCACCCAGCCUUUGACCAACGCUUGGAAAGAUGCAUGCGCAGCAGGAAAACCAACCAGAGUUUUUGUUCCAAAAACGACUUACUACUUAGGGGCAGUGACUUUAAAAGGUCCUUGCAAAGGUCCUGUUGAACUUCAGGUUCAGGGCACCAUAAAGGCACCAGCAGACCCCAAGAAGUUAAAGGAUGCUUGGGUCGUUAUUCAAAGUGUCGACCGCUUCAUUUUGUCAGGCGGUGGGACUUUCGAUGGGCAAGGACAAAUGGCUUGGAGCCAAAAUAAUUGUCUGAAAACUUCCGCCUGCGGACCAUUUGCUAUUAACUUAAGGUUCGACUACGUCACAAAUUCACAAAUCCGGGACAUUACAUCCCUGAACAGCAAGUUUUUUCACAUGUUCGUGUUCGGUUGCAAAAACCUCAAGAUCCAACAAGUUACCAUCACUGCACCUGGGAACAGCUUGAACACCGAUGGAAUCCACAUCGGACGUUCUUCUGGGAUCAACAUUACCGGUGCAAAUAUUGGAACAGGUGAUGAUUGUGUCUCCAUUGGCGAUGGAAGCCAAGACAUUACUAUCACCAAAGUAAAUUGUGGACCUGGCCAUGGCAUUAGCAUUGGAAGCCUUGGAAAAUACCCCAACGAGCAACCUGUGAACGGAAUCAAAGUCAUCAGUUGCACCUUUAAUAACGCAAUGAAUGGCGUAAGGAUCAAAACAUUUGCCGCUAGCCCUAGCUCCGGUACUGCAAACCAAUUGUAUUUCGAGGAUAUGGUCAUGAAUAAUGUCGGAAAUCCUAUCAUCAUAGAUCAAGAAUACUGUCCAUACCACAAUUGCAAAGGUCAGACUCCCUCUAAAGUUAAGAUCAGCAAUGUUAGCUUCAAAAACAUUCGAGGCAGUUCUGCAACUGCAGAGGCUGUCAAGCUUACUUGUAGCAAGAGCAUACCAUGCCAGAAUGUGCAGCUUCAGAACAUCAACCUUUCAUACAAGGGAUCGGGACAGGCUAAAUCGACAUGUCAGAAUGUCAAGCCCUCGUUUUCUGGCACGCAGAACCCUCCUCCUUGUAAAGCUUAAACCACUACUUCAUGAUGGUGGCGUGAAUUCAUGUACAGCUCAUUUGCGUGCAUUCCUAAUUAAGUAGUACCGUAAAUAAUGCAUGCUAGUCCGGCUAUUGAAAAAAUAAUGGCGCGCGGCAGGUAUACGUACGUACGUACGUAGAAUAAAUUAAUAUAUAUUAAAAUAGAGUACUUCCUUAAUUCAUGUAGUCGAUUAUGAUCUGUUCUCUAAAUUAUAUCAUGUACAGCUUCUGGCCAUGAAGGUUAAUAUAUAUAUAUAUAUAUAUAUAUAUAUAUAUAUAUGUAUGUAUGUACCCGAGUUGGCCUAGUUUUUCAUUAAUAAAUAUAUAUUCAGUACUUUUGUUCUAAA